UAGCGGGGUAUUUGCCAGUCACACGGACAAACACCAAGUCAAAAGUGUGAGCAAAUAUUGAAUUCCAAAUUAAAUUCCAAUUAAAUAGGGCCACAAGCACUCAAUGGACGCUCUGAACGGAAGGAAUGUGGCACUGCUGGUGCUCUGCCUGUGCGCCGGCUACGCCCUGGUGUUCGCCGAGGGCGAAAAGGAGAUACCGGUCACCAAGUUCGGUCAGAACAUAGCGCCGACGAUGACUUUCCUUUACUGCUACUCCUGCGGCUAUCGCAAGGCGUUCGAGGACUACGUUGGCCUGCUGGGCGAAAAGUAUCCACAGAUCCAGGUCCAUGGCGGCAACUACGAUCCGCCGGGUCUCAACUAUUACCUCUCCAAGAUGAUAUUCGCCCUGAAGAUCAUCAUCAUUGUUUCCGUGGUCAGUGCGGUCAGUCCGUUCACCUUCCUCGGCCUGAACACGCCCAGUUGGUGGGGUCACCUGCAGGCGAACAAGAUAUACGCGUGCAUGAUGAUCUUCUUUCUGGGCAACAUGCUCGAGGGCCAGCUUAUCUCGUCCGGCGCAUUUGAGAUAACACUGAAUGAUGUGCCCGUGUGGUCGAAACUGCAGACGGGACGCUUUCCCUCGCCAGAGGUCCUCUUUCAGAUCAUCGACAACCAUUUGCAGUUCACCGAAAAGGUGCAGGAGAAUCCCGACUUUGUUAAAUAAUGACAUUGGACGGACUGGCGGGCGGAGCGGAAACAGCAGUUGGACAACACCAAAACAGCCGAGGGCAUCCAUUCCCGGCUCUGAACCUAUCUUAAACAUAAGCUCUUGUCCCGAUAUUAUCCACUUAGCUGUAUUUCUGUUUUCAACCCAACUUUAACCUACUCUACGCAUCCUAUAACGUUGUAUUCCGUUUAAAUGCUUAGGGAUUUGUAUGUGUUCUUUGUGUUGAGCGGCAGGAUGACGAUUACAAACCAAACGGAGAUGACCGGGGUACAUCUGGAGAUUUGUUGCCUGCCUCCAUAAAGAUGUACCUUGUCCAAAGCCUUUAUGCGAUUGUGUAUUCAUUAAUUGUUAGUGGGGGAACAACUACUUGUAAACGGAUGUGUAAAACCUUUUUCAAAUUGUAAUACAAAUAAAUUCACUGGACAAUUUCAAAACCGAA